UUCCUCCCUCACGCGGUGGGUCUGUUGGUUGGACUGCCGGAGCUACAGUGGGAACAUGGCAGACGAGGAGGACUCGGCGCCGGAGCCCGCCGCUGUCUCUCCCCCGGAGAGUCCUCACGCUGAGCGGCCUCACUUUGUUUCUUUCUCGGAGAGCGUUCAGCCGGCCGUCGGGAUGGUGAGCCAACUGCUAAGCCAGCCGUCCUCCCUGAAGUUUGACAAAAACAUUAAGCAGGCCUUCUACAACACCGGGGCGAUGAUAUUUGUAGCUAUCUGCUGCGGGGCAGCUGUCCUGGUCUAUUUCAUCCUGGAGGCCUUCCUUCGUCCACUGCUCUGGGCUGUGCUCUGCGGCACCUUCCUCCACCCUUUCAAAUACUCCCUGGCUCGUCUCGGCCGCUCGUGGCUCAGCGGCCUGCAGGACAGCGGGACACCCAUCGUGGUGGGGACGCUGCUGGUACCGGUGUGGUGUCUCAACUACGGAGUGGAGGCGAUGGGCAGGCUCGUGCUGGAGAAGCUCACGGUACUCCUGGUGAUCGGGGCCGGGGCGCCGCUAGUUUACUUCCUCUACCUUUUCUGGAGUGUCAUCGGUAUGCAGGUGGUCCUCGGGCACGUGUGUGGGAUCGUCGGGGCCGCGCUGGACUAUUUCCACAUUGUGUGGGUGGGCACCGUUGUGUUUGGCUACUUGCUGGCAGUUUGUUUGAAGUGGAGUCCCCAAACUGAGCGGUAUCUGAGGAAUCUGGCUCUUCCUGUCUGGGCUGUCCUCCUCUUCUACCUUGUGUCUUUGACUGGCUCGUGGAAAGUGCCCAUAUUUGUGGUUGUGGUUGCACUCCUCAUCGUGGGCUCCCAAGAGAAACCACCUGUCCCUGGCACAGGUGAGCUUUCAGGACAGGUGUUGUCAUUUGCUGCUAACACUAUUUACAUGGCAAUCUCCUGUAGCAACCUUCAGCCCAAAACUGAACCCAGUGGAAGCUCCUCCACAGAUGGCGUGCACCCUGUGGGUCCCCUGCCUGCCACCCCUGGCUUCCCUGGGAGCUCUCGUCCAUUCCCGUCUGGCCUCUUCCAGAAAGAGAAGAGUGCCCACAGAGCCAGUGAUAUCUAUUUUAUUCUGCUGGUCUGGGCCAUUGUCUUGGUGCAGAUCUGGCUCAACCUGUGGCUACUGCAACUGCUGCCUAUUCCUGUGGCUGUGUGGGUGCUGAAGAAGCUCGUGGUCCGGUUUGGUCUGAAGAGCUUUGCAGAGAGGACGCUUACCGCGUGGUGGACGGUGCUAGAGAAGUUUGGACGUGAGCGUGAAGAGGCAUUGCUCCCUGGACCAAUCAAAGGCCUGGCUCAGUUCCUCCUGCGUAUUGACACUAAGAUGGUUGUGUGGCUGGAGCGAUCGCUGGAUAAAAUCAUCAGUAUCUUCAUCAUCUUCCUCUUAGUCACGGGGACCCUUCUCAUGGCUCUUCUGCUCACUGCUAUGGUUCAUCAUGAGAGUGUUCACAUCAUCGAGGUAACCAGUAACCUCAUCAACGAAACCGUAUCCAACCAUCCAGAAUGGGCCAAUUGGCUUCCGGAAGCUCGCGUGGUGCAGAAGGCUCUGAAUUCAGCUGCUACUAAUGUCUACCAGCAUGGGAGAGAAUGGAUAACACAGAAGCUUCAUAAGAUUUUAGGAGAUAAGGUGAAUCAAACUGCAGUGAUCGAGAAGCAGGUUUUAGAGCUUUGGGACCGACUGUACCACUCCUGGUUUGUGAAGAAUGUAACCUACUCUGGGCGGCAUCGGCAUAAGAUGAUGACUCAAAGACAGACCAGCUGGCUGGGGGACAUUCUGGACUGGAAGGACAUUGCCUCCUUUCUGCAGGAAAAUAUUGAGACGCUGCUGUCUAUCCUGGAGUCUUUGUGGGUGGUAAUGAGCAGGAACGUCGGCCUCCUCAUCUCCACCACGACUACUCUCCUCACCGUCUUGUUCCACAGCGGCACGGCACUCCUCAACUUUGCACUGAGUCUGGUGAUUUUCCUGACUACUCUCUUCUACCUGCUGAGCUCCAGUGGGGAAUACUACAAACCGGUUAAAUGGGUCAUCAGCCUGACUCCUCUCUCUCAGCCGGGACCCUCCAGUAAUAUUAUCGGCCAGUCUGUUGAAGAGGCCAUCAGAGGAGUGUUUGACGCCUCUCUGAAAAUGGCCGGCUUCUACGGCCUCUACACUUGGCUCACUCACACCAUCUUUGGCAUCAACAUCGUCUUCAUUCCUUCUGCUCUGGCUGCCAUCCUGGGUGCCGUGCCAUUCCUGGGGACCUAUUGGGCAGCUGUGCCGGCCGUGUGUGACCUGUGGUUGGCGCAGGGUGAAAGUGUCAAAGCCCUGCUCCUGCUCAUCUGCCACCUGCUCCCGACAUAUUUUGUGGAUACAGCCAUCUACUCUGAUAUAUCAGGAGGUGGACACCCAUAUCUCACGGGCCUGGCGGUAGCAGGUGGAGCAUACUAUCUGGGUCUGGAGGGGGCCAUUAUUGGGCCUAUCCUCCUCUGCAUCCUGGUAGUGGCAGCCAACAUCUACAGUGCUAUGCUGAUGAGCCCCAGCUCUGCGGUACCCACACCAGUGCAGCCAAACUGGCCCCUCCACCCCAUGAGGGCUUUUACAGAUGCCACUCCCUCUGUCCUGAAGACCAGUGAGUGAGCACAUCAGGGAAUGUCAUCUAGCUUCCUAUUGGCUCAUUCUUCAGGCGACGCUCUCCCCUCCCUGAAGCUCCUCCCUGUGUGGCUUGACUCCAUAAGGUCUCCCCGACCAAAAAGAGAUGGCGGCAUAGCGGCUGGUCACCCGUGAUCUGCUUAGCAGAGUGGUUUCUCGGAGCAGUAUGGCACCAGCUCCUUUCAUUUAACGGCGCACAAAAACUCCUGAAAACAUGUGUCCUAAUCCCAAACUUGGACCACUGACAUCAUAUUGGGUUUAUGAUUGUGUAUGGUGGAGCUAUCGAUGCUAAUCCCAUCAUUGCUCAGAACUCAGUGCCUAAAUUUAUUUUAUAAUAUUGACAAAUGUCUGAAAAUUACUGUCUUUUGUGGUGAACUGUAAGAUGAUGUAUCUUACCUAUAAAUCCCCUGAUUUCCAGCAUGCACUCCCUGGCUGUAUCUGUGGUACAGUGCGUGGUUGUGCGGUAUUUGUACUCCCUACCUCUCUCCUAACGGAGGCUCAAGUAGAGUUUGUAUUGAAGACAGGUUUUCUAAAAAAAAUUAACUGAAAAUUUCUUGCCAUAAGUUGUUGUUAUGUCUGUCAAGAUUGCAUUAUUAAAUGGGGACCGAUUAUGCUUAUUACCAGCUCCAUAUUCCAUAUAAAAAAAUAUAUUUAUCAGUAUUUAUUUAAUACUGACACUGGCCGCUUUGUGCGCUAACAGUGAUGUCACAACAGCUCCGUACCAUUUAUACCGGCGCUGAGGGCGCAAAUACCCACUGCAGGAUUCUCCUUAAUGACUGUUGCAGCAUCUCACGCUGUAAUAUCUGUGAAUCUCUGAGCUUUUGGACUGAUAUUUGCCGGGCUUCCACACGGAAUCCAGUGCGUGUAAGCCCCGCCUCCAAAUGCCCAUAUAAGGAAAUCUGUGUCAAGCUUGGAGUAAUGAUUAACAGGAGCAGGUAAAACUGUUGCCUUAUACAGAUUAGUUUUAGAUACAUUUACCUCAUUUUUUGAAGCACAUUUAAUAUAAGCGCUGUAAUUGUAUAGUAGUAUUAACACUAUAUUAUACAUAAAUGAGCGAUAAUAAGGAAAAGCAUAAUAGGUCCCCCCCCCCCCUUUUUUCUGUCUCAUUCACGUUUCAGUGAUAGUAGCUGUGACAUUAGAGCUUGACUUUAACAAAGGCGUUCACUCCUGCUUUCCUGAACCAGGCUUUAUAUUAUUACUGUUUGAUUUUUUUCUGUGUGGUUCAAUUAUAAAUAAAUGCAGUUUCUUUUGUAUGCAGGUUUAGACUGAUGACUACUUUCAGUGGAUCAAAUUAGACAUUUAGCAUUUAGAGGAUGGGUUUUUACAUUUUAUUUUUUUUAAUUUAUUUAAAGCUUACGAUUGUAUUUUUACACACGUGAAACCGAGCUUUUAAUUCCUAGCAGGCUCUACUGAUCUCUCAGCUGUUCACUCAGAGAACUUUGUUUUUUGACUGAGUAAUUUUGUGAAGCACUUUCAAGUUUUGUUUUUGUUUUUUUUUUAGGACUGUGCCCAAUAUCCUGGUCACAACAUUUCAUUGACAGUUUAGACCUCACACACCUCAAAUCUUAUUUUCACCUCUUUUGCUCUUGCAAGUCAUAUGCCACACUGUAACUAGAGCACUUUUCUGAGAGGAAAGUAUAAAGCAGUUUAGGUCAUUUGAAGCUUAAACAAACAAGCAGAUGACUUAUGUAACACACUGAUCAUACAUGGCUACCAUGUUAGCCAUCUAUGAUGCAUUAUGGGUUGCAACUCAAUACUGCAGUUUUCCUUUAGUACUGUUGCUGUUUUUAAUACUGGAUAUGCACUGAUACAAUAAACACGAUAUAAACUGCAGUGACUUUGUUGCAUGACUCAGUUGUAUUAUCCUUCUUGACUGAACUGACACCACAGUGAAUUUUCAAGUU